CCUGAGCUGCCUGGACGCAGGAUGCGCUCCGAGGGCGCGGCCCCCGGGCGGGUGGCGCCGCUGUGCGGGGCGCUGAGCCUGGUGCUUGGAGCGUUGCUGGGCAGAGUGAUAGAAGGCCGCGGGGUCCCAGACGACCGACCGAGGGCGUCCUCGCUGCCGCCUUACCUGCCCGUGAGCUACCGCGUGCUCAGAGCCGACACCGCCUUCUUCCUGAAGGAGACCAGCCAGGACGUGACCCGCAACUCCAGCCUGCGGUCGCGCGUGGAGUCCUUCUUCCCCUACAGAGCCCGGCGGCCCCCGGCACUGAACGCCAGCUAUGGGCCUUUCUCGGUGGAGAAGGUGGUGCCUCUGGACCUCGUGUCGCCAGCCGGCGCGUGGGGGCCGGCCGGCAGGUUCUCCCUUAACUGGAAGCUGAAGGCGCACGUCCUGCAGGAGCGCGUCCACCUGAGCCGGCCCCGCGUGCAGGUGCUGCUGCAGCUGGCGGGCAGGGACUGGGACGACCCCGGGCCCGCGCCGCGGCUGCCCUGCCUGCGGGUCUUCGCCUUCCGGGAGACCCGGGAGGUGCGCGCCGGCUGCCGGCCGCAGGGCGACCUGGGGCUGUGCGUGGCGCAGCUGGAGCUCCCGGCCGGCUGGUUCGGGCCCCCCCCGCCGGCGGCGGCGGCGGCGGCGGCGGCGGCCGGGAGGCGGAAGGCGGCCGAGGCGCCCGCGGGCGGCCCCGCGGUCGAGCUGUACUACGCCGUGCAGCCGGCGGACGCGCGCGGGGACUGCGCGGGCGGCGACGUCAGGAAGGGCAACGCCAUCCGGCCCGGCAAGGACGCGCCCGGCGAGAGCGCGCCCCGCCUGCAGAGGAUCGGCGCCGCCGGCCUCUUCCGCGCCCCGGACGGCGCCGCGCUGCGCGAGGUGCGUGUGGACGGCAACGUGGCCGUCUGGCUGCCCUCCGGGCCGGCCAAGCAAGGAGACGUGGUCACUGCGCGUGUCGCCGUGGCCAGCAACUCCACCGUGGACUUCUUCAUCCUGAGAGCCAAGGUCAAGAAGGGGGUGAACAUCCUGAGCACGCGGACCAGCGAGCCCCGGCAGUGGGACGUCAGGCAGGAGCUGGGGAACGGCGGCAAGCACGCCACCGCGGCCGUGGUGUGCCAGCGCCUGGCGCCCGCGCGCAACAGAAGCAGCAGUUUAUUCAAUGAGGUCGUACAGAUGAACUUUGAAAUAGCCAGCUUCAGCAGCCUCUCGGGGACACAGCCCAUCACCUGGCAGGUGGAAUACCCACGCAAGGGGACCACAGACAUCGCUGUGUCUGAGAUCUUCACCAGCCAGAAGGACCUGGUCGGCAUCGUGCCCCUGGCUAUGGACACUGAGAUUCUGAACACCGCCAUCCUCACAGGGAAGACUGUCGCCAUGCCCAUCAAGGUGGUCUCCGUGGAGGAGAACGGUGCCGUGACGGAUAUCUCGGAGUCCGUGGAAUGCAAGUCCACGGACGAGGAUGUCAUCAAAGUGUCCGACCGCUGUGACUACGUCUUUGUCAACGGCAAGGAGAUGAAAGGCAGGGUGGGCGUGGCGGUGAACUUCACGUACCAGCAUCUGAGCGCCCCCCUGCACGUCACCGUGUGGGUGCCCCGACUGCCCCUGCAGAUUGAGGUCUCGGACACAGAGCUGAGCCAGAUUAAAGGCUGGAGGGUCCCCAUCGUGGCCAGUAAGAGGCCCACGCGGGACAGCGAGGACGAAGACGAGGGGGAGCAGCGGGGCCGGGGCUGCGCCCUCCAGUACCAGCGCGCCACCGUGCGGGUCCUCACCCAGUUCGUGUCUGAGGGCGCCGGCCCGUGGGGCCAGCCGAGCCACCUGCUCAGUCCCGACUGGCAGUUCGACAUCACCCACCUGGUCGCGGACUUCAUGACGCUGGCGGAGCCCCACGUGGCCACGCUCCAGGACAGCAGGAUCCUGAUCGGGCGGGAGGUUGGGAUGACGACCAUCCAGGUGUUGUCCCCGCUGUCUGACUCCAUCCUGGCCGAGAAGACGGUGACCGUGCUGGAUGACAGGGUAUCGGUGACAGAGCUGGCCGUCCAGCUCGUGGCCGGGCUGUCCGUCACCCUCCACCCCGGCGUGGAGAACAGCAAGGCCGUCACGGCGGUGGCCACCGCGGAGGAGCUGCUGCGGGCCCCCAGACAGGAGGCCGUGGUCAGCACGUGGCUCCGGUUCAGCGACGGCUCAGUGACACCUCUGGACAUCUAUGACACCAAGGACUUCACCCUGACGGCCACCUCCCUGGAUGAGGCCGUAGUGUCCGUCCCCCAGUCCCGCUCGCCCCUGUGGCCUGUGGUGAUGGCCGAGGGGGAAGGCCAGGGGCCUCUGGUCCGGGUGGACAUGACCAUCGCCGAGGCCUGCCAGAAAUCCAAACGCAAGAGCGUCCUGGCCGUGGGCAUCGGCAGCAUCAGGGUCAAGUUUGGCCAGAACGACGCCGACUCUAGCCCCGGAGGGGACUACGACGAGGCUGAAGUCAAGAACCACGCCAGCGACCGGCGGCCGAAGGGCCAGGACGGGCACGUCCACGGCAGCUCCUCGGCGGAGCGCGAGGAGGGGGCCGCCCGGAGAGGCGGCACCACGGCCAAGUCGCUGCUGGACAACAGAGUGGUCAAGAACAGCCGGCUGGACGGCGGCGGGCUGGCGGGCGAGGGCCAGCUGCAGAACAUCCCCAUCGACUUCGCCAACUUCCCGGCGCAGGUGGACCUGCCCGAGGCGGGCGGCAGGCCGGGGACCGGCGACCUGGUGCAGACGCCCCGCGGCCUGAGCGACCUGGAGAUCGGCAUGUACGCCCUCCUGGGGGUCUUCUGCCUGGCCAUCCUCGUCUUCCUGGUCAACUGUGCCGCCUUCGCGCUCAAGUACAGGCACAAGCAGGUGCCCCUGGAAGGCCAGGCGUCCGUGACCCACUCGCACGACUGGGUGUGGCUGGGCAACGAGGCCGAGCUCCUGGAGAAUGUGGGCGAGGGGUCCCCGCCGCCCGACGAGCACACGACCAUCAUAGACCGCGGGCCGGGGGGCUUCCAGGAGAGCAACCGCCUGCUUCUCAACGGAGCCUCCCAAACGCCCGCGCGAAGCCGGGUGCCCAGGCCGGCCGGCGCCGGGGGCACGCGGGGCGGGGACCCGAAGCACGAGCCCCUGCACUCGCCCACCUCCAAGAGGAAGAAAGUGAAGUUCACCACCUUCACCACCAUCCCCGCCGACGACGGCUGCCCCACCGUCAACUCCAUCCUCGGCGGGAACGAGGAGGGCAUCAAGUGGGUGUGCCCGGACGCGGGCGUGGGCGCCCCCAGGGAGCUCAGGGACUGCCUGGAGCAGCUCAAGGACAAAGCGUAGGCCGCUCUGGCCGGAGGGCAGCACCGGGUGCCCUCCUUCAGUUCCGAGAAUCAGGCGGGGCAGGAAGAGGCCCCGGUGGGUCUGAACGGGGAGUGAAUGCCUGGGCCUUGUUGGAGGCCGCUCGGGAGUUUGGAAGCCGGGAAGGGGCAUUUUUGUGAUCAAAGGUUUUCCUAGCAGCUGGCCAUGACAGACUUUCUCAAGUCAGUGGAAUAAACGGAGGACGGAGCUGAUGGAGACGUUCGGCCUGCGGCGAGGCCAAAUUAGGAAGGGGAUUUUGUGAGUCAAACUAUAACCCAGACAAGCUACCAAAAAUUAUUUGUUAAAAAAAAAAUGCAAAAAGACAAAUAAAAAGAGACGGAAGUAAUCACCUGUUUAUAUUUCUAAUAAAGGAGCAGAAUAUAAAACCAGGGCCUGCUAAGAGACAUUGUCCGUGUUAAUUCAGUAUUCUUUUCAUGAGGACGGCCUUUGACUGUCACCCUGGGGUGGGGAGGAAAUGUCUGAACAUCGGCUGCCUCUCGGCACAGACCCGAGGAUUUUCACCUCUUUUUCUUUUCUUUUUCCACAUUUUCUUUUUUUCCCUUUUGUGUUCUAGCCUUCCAUUUGGUUUAUAUUUAAUUUUUAUUUGAGGAUCAAAUGGUAUAUUUUCCUAAAUUAAACAAAGUCUAUUCCUGUACGUUAGAUGAGUUCUGAGAAGCGAUCUGAAUGAAUCCAUCAUCAAAGUAGUACGUUUGAUGUUUUUCCGUUUUCCCUCCAGUUCUGUUGCCAUUUGCUGGGUUUUCUGCAAUCAGCGGGGGCCCUCAGAGCCCUUCAGGGUGGGAGGGAAACUGCCUUCACGCACCACCACCACACCCACCACAGGGCCCAAGCCGGUGCGGGCACAUUGGCAGAGGGCAUUCGAGUGGGGCCCAGCCGGCAGCACAGAGCCCGGCCGGGGCCCCCGACCCCUCGUCAGCUCCAUCACUGGCGUUGAGGGGAGGCCUUUACACGGAGGAAGACGAAAUCAAUCCACAAGAGAGAACUCAUACCCAAGAGUAACCAGCACCAGGCUCGCCGGGUAGAGCUGCCCCGAGACGCGCUGACGGUGAGAAAUGAAUAAGGAUAAGAAAAGAAAAGAAAAGAAAAGAAAAGAAAAGAAAAGCAAAGCCGCCGGAGGGUUUUCAGCCGUCCUUCUCGCUUUGCUGGGCGGGCUGCACCAGUGUUAACGGAAAAGACAAAAAUCUGUGUUCGAUUGUCCAUCAACGGCGUCUCUUAAGAGCCUGAUCCUGCAGCAGCGCGAUGCAAAAGGUGUUCAUCCAAAGUGACGUGUGU